ACCUGAUGAAGAUGAAGAAACGUCAACGGUGGCAAAGAAUUACAAUUAGCUCCUGAAAGGAUAUCUGAUAUUAUUAACGUUUUGUUUUUACUUAUAAGCUGUAUGACCUUCACCUUUUAGUGUCACAACGGAUGAGGGUACUAAAUUAAUUCAGAUAUGUUGGACGAAUGUCAACCACUAGUGUUCAUACGAGGUAAGACAAAAGUUGUGAAAAUAUGUUGGUAAGAUCAAGAAAUUUGGCAGCAUGUUUGUACAUACUUGAAGAAAAAACUUUUAACGCUAAAAUCUGUUAGGUUUUCAAACAUUGGUACCUUUGGAUUUACACACCGAGAAUUGAUGCUAACGAAUGGGGUCUAUAUUAAUGUUCAGAAACCAGUAUUUGUACUUUCAGAGAAAAUUUGUCAAUCACAUGAAAUCAUACAGAGAAGACACAUCAUUGAAGGAUCGAUUCCACUAAUCCUAUUGAAUUAUAGUGAGUUGAGCGCAGAAAUUUCACUACCUAGAGAACAAAUUGAAGAAUGUAUACAAAACGUGUAUACCAUGUUAAAUCAAUGCCUACAUCAUGAUAAAUUUGUGGAAAUUGUAUUUAACGAUAUUGGAAAAUUACGUAUAAACAAAAGAAAGGCGAAAUUUUGCUUCUUUAAUAAUUUUUUAAUUGAGCUUGAUAGUAGUGGGAAAUUAGCACAAACAUACUGCAAUCGACCAGAAUCUUCAGACUGUAUGACAACUGACCGAUCUGGACUGAGUAAUAGAAGCUACAAGUCCAUAAAAUCUCUGCAACAGUUAGCUACCAUUGAUGAAAACGAAACAACUCCCUCUUGUACGCCUAUUCUGAAUGAAAACAGACAGCUGUCAAGAAGACAAGGUAGUCAAAUGAGUUCUGAAAGUAAAUCUUCCAAGAGAGAUGUUCAUGAACACUUUCAGGAUGACAAUGAUUCCUUGGCAUCUUGUAUUCAUACCAGUCGAAUAUACAAAAAUAAUCAAGUUGCUCAAAUCCAUGAUAUUGUGGAAUCUGGUACUCAAUGUAAUUCUGAUACAGAAGAGUCAAUUUCAGAGAAGAGAUUGAAUCUUAAGCCUCAGAUGUCAGAUCCACCUGCAGAAGUAACAUCUGUCCGUGAGAUAUUUUCAAACAAUUUCAUUAGACCAGAAUUACCUAAACUUGACAUAUCUGAUACUGAACACUGUACAAAAGAAAAUUCGAAAUCUGUUAGUCACUGUUCUACGCCAAAGAUUUCUUCUAAAAUGUCAAGUUAUUCAAGAUCUUCACUAUCUAGCGUGCGCUCCAUGAAAAGUAGUAAUAUUGAAGAAUUAGAGAGAAGAAUACCGAAAAUUGAUGAAAAUUGCAAUCAUGCAUUAAAUACAAACAAUGGACUGUGUUAUUUAUGUCAUCAAAGACGUAUACGAAAUAUUCCAGUUGAUAUGAAAGAUGAAAUAAGACAGAGAGAACAAGCUGAAGAAGAGCUCUUACGUAUGUACCAAGCAAUGCGAGCGGAUAAUGAAGUUAAAAAAGAACAGGAAAAUCUACUCAACAGACGUAGUGAAUUGUGCAAACAAGCUGCUUAUAAUAUGGGUAUUGCCUGUGCCAAACAGUUGAAAAAGUCGUAUGUUGAUCCAACAAACUAUGAAACAUUUAUUCUGAACAAAAGACCUUCAACACCACUACGUCAGAUUAAACAGAAUGAAUUAAAAAUUGCCGGUGUGUUCAGUCAGUGGUUCGUCCUACAAUGGAAAACACGUCUACCAAGUGUUAGCUUUUAUAAGUGAACUUGAUCAUCAAGUUGAAAAGCACUUAUCUGAUGUAAAUCGUUUGAAGGAAAAGGAGCUUUAUUUAGACAAAUUGGAACACAGUAAGCUAACAGAAGAAUUAAAGAAUCAUAAGAAGCAAAUGUAUCAGAAUAAAUUAUUGAAUCAGUCAGCAUAUAAGGAAGCUUUAGAUUUUCAGGUGAAAUGUAAGCCUGAACAUAUACCCAAAUCGGUGAAUAACUCCCUGGGAAUGAUGUUUAAAAUGUUUGAGGAAAAUGAUAAGAAAUUAGUUGAGCGUAGUCAUAUUGCAAAAUCGAUUCAAAAACACCAGUUGAAGUCUAUCGAAGAGUCGAAAAACCAAAUGAAAAAUGAACAGCUUUAUGAAAAGGAACAAGAAGAAAAAGUAUUAAAGCGUGUACAUGAUGACUUGGUUACAGAAAAAUUGCAACAGAGACAAGAACAAAAGGCUAUGCGUCAAUACUUAGAAAAUGAAUGGUUGAAGGCUGCUCAACUGAAACAUGACAAGGAAUUACAUGAGAAACUCAGAGAUCAAAGUUAUCAAGGGCUUUUGUUGUUAGAGCAAACAGACAAGUAUAAAAGAUGCAAUCAAUGUAGGCGUCGGUUGGAUAAUAUUGGCCAGUCGAAUAUGACAACAGACACGUAUAUUCGGGGAAAACAUUUUAUUGUUUAGUGCAGUUAUAUAUACAUAUAUAAUAGUAGAAGAACACCACAGCUAAUUUACACCAUUUUCAAUGCAUUCUUUAAUAGGUAAUGUGAUUACUUGAUAACUUUUUUGAAACACUGAAGUACUCAUUUUGAGAUAUCUGAAUCUUUCAUAUACUUACGAGUGCUUUUUCACUAAUAACAGUGUGCUUAGCAAAUGAAUUCUGUGAAUACACUCACUUUGUCUAUAUUAUUCUGUUCAAGUUCUUUAUCAAUAAGGAUAAAUAUAUAAUGAUAACUUGGA